GAUGCUAUAGUUACUGUAAUUACUGUAAGUCUAGCUGCAUAAAAUGCGCAGGAAAGUCAAAUGGAUGCGGCAUCUUUGUUAUUUUUUCAGAAAUAUAGUAACAGUGGCAAUUUAGUGAGUGUUUAAUUCCGUUGCGUUUCAGUCAGAUCGUUUAGUAUUCAAGUCACACACACACACACACACACACACACACACACAAACGAAGAGAGUGAAGUCUCAGUCCCUCACAUGACAGCACUGUUAUAUCUGAGGCAGUAGCAGCAUCAGAGCUGGACCUGCGCACUGUUUCUCGGCUCAGCUUCAGAGCUCAGAAGCGCAUCUCAGAGGACAGAUGGAGGCAAAGCCAGCAAUGCGUUCAGGGACUGCUUUCUGUGGACCCAGUGCAAUAACUGUACCUGUACCUGCUGAUUGUUAUUCCUGCCAUCGCUUUCAAUGCUGAUCAGUAAAGGAAUACCUCGUUUUUGCCUCGCCUUUAGCCUUUUUAUUUUUGUUAUUUUUUAGAGGAGACAACGGAGGAACGGACAGAGGAUGGCUCUGUAGAAGAGCCGCUGUAAGAACUGCGUAAGUUUGAACACUGGUGGACUGUGAGAGCAUAAAAAAGUCAAUCCAGUCUGUGGUUUAAAGAUGUAUUGAAAUAGAUAGUGAGCGAGUAGAUUAUGUUAGAUGGAGAUAGCUUUAAGUUCUUGUUAACUCCGCAUCCUUGAGGAUACUCGUGUUAAAGCAGUCUAUUCCGCCUGACUGAGAUGGAUUGGUGAUCCCGCAUCUCCGGCAGCGUCCUAACUUUGCCAUGAUGAAGUCCAUCUUUUACAGCCGCUUUUUCAUCCUGCUUCCAUGGGUGCUGAUCGUCAUCAUCGUGAUAGACAUCGACACGAAGAGGUCCUCCGUGCGCAACACGGCGCACUCGUACCUGUCCCGGCUGAGCAGCGCGCCCCGGCGGGACGCAGCUGUCCAUGCGCCCAACCGCACCGCGCCGCCGCCGCCGCUCAUCUACGCCAUCACACCCACGUACAGCCGCGCCGUGCAGAAAGCCGAGCUCACGCGCUUGGCCAACACUUUCCGCCAGGUCCCGCACUUCCACUGGAUCGUGGUGGAGGACUCCGCAAGUCGCACCGAGCUUGUGUCGCGCUUCUUGGCGCGCGGCCGCGUCCCGUACACGCACCUGCACGUGCUCACUCCGCGCCGCUUUAAACGGGCCGGCAUGCCGCGCGCCACCGAGCAGAGGAACGCAGCGCUCUCGUGGCUCCGCGCGCACCGCACAGCCACCGACUCCGGAGUCGUGUUCUUCGCCGACGAUGAUAACACGUACAGCCUGGAGCUUUUUGAAGAGAUGCGGUCGACUAAAGGAGUAUCAGUAUGGCCGGUAGGACUCGUAGGGGGCCGGAGGUAUGAGCGCCCCAUCGUAGAAAAGGGCAAAGUGGUGGGCUGGUACACAGGCUGGAAGGCUGACCGACCUUUUGCCAUCGACAUGGCAGGCUUUGCCGUGAACCUCCAGGUGAUCCUAGAUAACCCACGAGCUCUCUUCAAGAGGAGAGGAGCCAAGCCAGGUAUGCAGGAGUCUGACUUCCUCAAACAAAUAACCAAGCUGGAGGAUCUGGAGCCAAAGGCUCGCAACUGCACCCAGGUCCUGGUUUGGCACACCCGCACAGAGAAGGUCAACCUUGGCAACGAACCCAAACGGCACCAGGACUCUGUUCUGAUUGAGGUCUAGAGCACAGGACUGGCGUGGGAGGCCUCACAGCAUAUUGCACCAAGUUGCCACAAUCCCUGGUAUUUUCCCAAUUAGCGUCAACCUCUGCACUGAUAGCCUGCUGAUUCAUGCUGGAAGCUCUGUGUGAACUCUGACGUCUGUGUCACCCAACUCAACACUCUGGACCAUCCAAUAUAGUGAACAUAUUUCUGGCCGCAUAAAUUGGCUGGGCUUCAUUUUGUUAAUAUGAAUUUCCCAUCAUACUGAGGAAGCAUACUGGGUUACUAGUAAAGAACUCAACUUUUAAACCCGUAUCAUUAUGAUACAGCUGACUUCAGUGGCUGCUAGUAGGAACUUUUACCUUAAGAUUGAAAAGACAAUCUGGAGCGAAAGCAAGUGAUAAACUCACAACGAUAAUUCACAGUCUUAGAACCUGGAGAACUUAAUAUAUACUUGGGACCAGUUGGAGAACACUAAGUUUAUGAAGCUGGAAGCAUCUGAAGGAGAGCCAGCUGUUGGAGAAUAACAUGUGGGUUAAAUGUACUUUCACUGGACGUACGUAACUGUAACUAUACAAGUUUGUUGUAUAUAAGCAGUUAUUAGAUAAAGCUUUCUGUAAAAAAGAUCUUAUUGCCAUGAAUGUGUUAUGAGCCUGAGAAUAUGGACAUGAAGAAAGAUCCAGGGCAAUGCCAACAGCCUGAACCCAGCACUACAGGAACAAACCUUUGGAUUACAAUGGUCUUUAUUCCAAAUGACCCUCUUUUAAAAGUAAAGUAGAGAAGAGAAAAAAAAAAUACAUAAAUCAUAAAACAAAAUGAGAACUUUACAAUAAAAUGAAGCAUUAAGGAAAAAAAAGAUCACACAAUAGUUCAUGGCUACUCACUGUUUAAUGCACGGAAAUAACAUCUUUUUCCCCUCUGUACUAGGCACCAGAAAAAUGUAAACACAUUAUAGAAAUAAACCUGGAUGACGAGGUGUGGAUACUCACGUUAUUGCACAGCAGAGGGACCCUGUCUGAGUGGACUUUCACUCUGCCACAGUCAUGGGACCAGCAUGUUCAUAUGUGCACGUUUGUUUGAUUCUAAAAAUCAGCUAAAAUUUCCUAUUCGCUCACAAAUCCUUUCUGUAGACACCCCCAUUCUCGAUUUUGCUCCCCGUAGCUCAAUUAAUAAUUCCACCCCCUUUCUCCCAUUGGCCGUUACACUGCUGUUGAGUCGUCCAGGUUUAUUUGCCUGUUGCUAACUGUGCUUCUCUGUAAUGCACACAUUAAAACGUCACAGUAAAAGAUGGACGAGGGUGAUGGAGCUGAUGGACUUGUACAAGGAGGGAGAGGUGAGAGGGGGAUUGACUGCUUCUCUAUCUUAUGCUUACAUACAGUACAUUGGAUCAUACGAUAGCUGCUACAGGGCUUCAGGAUAUGUGGCAUAUACACUGGUGGGGGAGGGAAGGGGG